AUUCGUAAAUAGAGGGAGUGCAUGAGAUGAAAUAUUGUUGUAUUUUUAUGUUUAGAAAUAAAUAAUAUGUACACUUUGGUUUUAAAAUGUCAUCAAGUAAUUUAAUAAAUUCCGUACGGAAUUUCCUAGCAUCUAAUUUUAUGCGUGUUGAAGAUGAAUGGUUGACCGGAUGUGUUGAGUAUUUGACUGAGGAUGGCAGCAACAAUUACAGUGAGUCGGAUAUACAGAAUCUGGCUAAAGAGCAAUGGCUUCUGAACGAUCUAAAAGAAAUAUGCCCGGGGUCUUUGCCUGCUAAUUUGAAGAAUCAGCAGAAAACCGUGAUGAAUGGGAGGUUCGCAUUGCAAAUCAACGCUGCCGUAGAUAUAGGCACACCUGCAUAUCAGCAGUAUAUGAAACUCCAGAAAGUAAACACAGAAAACUUAGAAGCCACUACAAAGUUUGAAGAUAAAGUGCCAAACCAUAGAAUGAUAAAGUUGUAUCUCACUGAUGGUGUUCAAGAAAUAUCAGCCAUAGAAUACAAACCCAUGAGGAACCUCAGUUGCGACAUCACUCCUGGGUGUAAAGUUCUCAUUAAAGGUCCAAUAGAAUGUCGGCGUGGAGUCUUGUUGCUCACAGAAAGCUCUAUAGAGCUGCUUGGAGGUGAAGUGCAGGAGAUCGCUGUCUCCAACUCCUUGGCUGGUUUGCUGUCCAGCAAACUUGGCUUGCCUAUGACUCAAGGCACCGCUGCAGAUCUGAACACAACGGUCCACCGAAACGAUAUACCCCCACCACACUCCGAAAUGCCUCCAGCCCGCGAGCAACGCUUCGAGCAGACAUUUGACCCACCCCGACCCAUAGCCGUCGUCACCAGCGUCCAACAAGCCAACUUUGCUGACGAUGACAUCGACGUAGACCAAUUAGCAGCUAUAGAAGCGCAAUUAACUAAUAAACGGUCAUUAACUGACGAUAAUAAUAAACCCGAGAAGAAAUUAAAAAUAGACCCUAUUAGUACUCUAAAUAGGGUCGAUGAUUACCCAGACGACAACGAUUUAUUCGCCGAAGACGAAGAUUAUUUAAGAGAGUUAGAAUCUAAAUUUGAUACAGAUCCUGUCCAGAUAUCAUCUGAACCAUUUACGUAUUUAAAACUGAUAAACGAGAUGAGAGAGAUAGAGAAAGCUGGGAGAGUAUUCCGAGUGAAAGCACAGAUAAUGAAGCUAUUGUCUAAAUUGUCUGUGGGUAAGGAAGGGUGGAGUUUGAGGUGUACUAUUGUCGAUGGUACGGGGACUUUGGAUGUGGAUUUCACUAAUAAUGUUCUGUCUAAGUUGGUCGGGUAUACGCCGCAGGAGAUGAAUCAGUUGAAGAAACAGAUGGCGACGAAUCCGCAGCUGAAAGAGAAGGCUCUCAUGGCUCUCCAAAAGGCCAAGGAAGCUCUCCAGGUGUUAUACUGCAUUAUAGAGUUAACUAUGCUGGAAGUGCCCAAAAUAACGUGCCUUACGCCAUUCGAUGGAUCACACCUGGACUUGCUGAAGAAGAGGAAGACGAACUUAUAGCAUACAUGGGGUGGCAAUAGAAAUUAUCCUCUUGUAUCUUUUAACAGUUAGCAUCAAAUAUACCGGGUGUGGCCUGUAUCACGAGCAAAUAAUUAAAACAUAGAUUGUACGCCUCAAACGGUGACACUUUUAUUCAACAUCUUUUAAAAAUUAUGAAGUAUUUUUUAGACUCGCUAUUUUUCAUACAAAAUAAAUAUUAUCUUCACUGGACGCCAUCGCCACGCCAUAUCAUUGUGAUUGACGUUGCUUGUCAAGCCUUAAACAUAACAAAAUUCGCAAUACAUUGCGUCUUAGAAUAAACUUUAAAGUGUAUUAAAAAUCAAACCACAAGUGAUUUUUAAAAAUCGCUGAACAAAUGUCGGUAUGUAUGAGGAAGUACAGCCUACAGUUAAAUUUUUUGCUCAUAUAACAAGCCACACCCGGUAUUAUAGCUGCAAAAUUGGUCAAAUAGUUCUUUACACCAUAUAUACUGCUAGAAUAUAUUUGACGCAGACUGUACAGAUGUAGUGCAUUCAUAGUUUUCCAUCGUAUUAUCACGGAAACGUACGAACGUGUCUUGCUAUUUCAGUCAGUCUCGGUACAAAAAGUACUGAGGUUGACUGAAGUAGCAUGACAACGAACGGUUCCGAGUAAAUACGAUGGAAAACUAUUAUGCACUGCUGUAUGAUAAGCGAGUGGAUGGUAUAAUAAGCAUCCUGACCGAAUUUUAGUCAUCAGUUUAAAAAAAAUUGGUAACAACUUUUCAGUUCACAAUCGAGGGUUAUAUUUACUUAGGGGUCAUCCAUUAAUUACGUCACACGAAUUUCUAGGUUUUUUUACCCCUCCCCCCUCCUUGUCACACUUGGUCACAUUUGGCAAACCCGUCCCCCCUAGUGCUAAACGUGUGAUGUAAUUAAUGGAUGACCCCUUAGCCAUGAAUUAUAUAUCAAGAUUCCGCAUAAACCAGAAAAUGUAUUUAAUUAAUGUGUUGUCAAUUUUGGAUCCUUUUUAAGAUUCUACUUAUCACUUCUUUUUUUACAUAAACGGAUUAUUUUAAUUGACAUUUGGACCAAAAAUACAACGAAUUAGACUACCUGUAUUUAAGUCUACCUUCAUUGUCAAAUAAAACAACCUCGACGUUUUAAAAUCAUAUUUAUUUUAAUACACAAGUUUAACGCAAUAAUAUGUUUGGAGUUCAAUAUACAAAAUUUAUCAAAUAAUAUAUAAAUCAACAUAGACAACUAACUUAGCAGGAAAUCUGGCAAAUGCAUAAAGUGGGCUAAGCUUACCCGGCUGCCCCAAAAAAGAGGGUUAUGUGUUUAGAGUAACAUUUUUAAUAAUAUAGUGACUGCGGGUGAAUUCAUUAACUUCCGUUUUUGUCAUUGACAAUAUUUAGAAAUAGUUAAAGCGCCAUCUACUUAUAUAUUUCAAAGAUACUUUAACCCUUUGACCGCCGUUGUCCGGUAUAGAAGACAACGAUAGAACGAUACGCUGGCGCCGUCGUCUUGUAUACAAGACACAAAUUCAACCACUGAGUUAAUGUGAAAAUAAUAACAAUUGCAAUUUCAUUUACACUCGUGUUCAUAUUUAAAGUCUUUGUUUUUUCAUUUAUUUGCUUUUUAAGCCGCUAUAUAAAUCCCUUCUUUUAUAAUAAGGCAUUUAAAAAAAUUGCUCCAAUUUUCAACAUUUUUCAUGUUCCUCGUCGCCGUUGUCUUGUAUAAAAGACAGCUAGGGAUGGGAAUGUUAACUCGAUAUGGGAAUUUUUAAAGUAAAUAUAAAGUCAGAAAUAUGUUUUUAUCUAAGUAUUUGAACACUUGUUAAUCGCCAAUUUUUUUCAACGAAUAGUAGGUAACUACUUACUAGAAUACGUAGAACGAGAGUCAGAUAGGCAUAACUAUAUUUAAAGUUCAGGUAGCUUCUUUAGCUCUAUAAAGUAGAGUCAGACAAGUAAAUUUGCCAUUGUAGAUUGUGGACUAUUUAAUUGCAGAAGAGAUAAAUAAAAAAAAUAAUUGAUGUUAUUUUAUAGCUUAGUGGGAAGGGAUACACCGCAGCGACCGCUUCGCACAAGUGUGGUACAGGAUCAUACCUGUUUAUCAGACUUUACUUUUAUUGUUAUAACAUUGAAGUUAAUGUGUAAUUUUUUUAUAACAAGUCGUUGAACGUUUUUUUGAUAAGAGUUUACCUAUAGAUUAAUGUAAACCAAACUGAAAUUAUAAUGAUCGAUUCUAAUUCCGGAAUAAUAUCUUCACUCAUAAAAAAUUCAACCCACGUGUAAUUUUCACUAAAACAGUUCCGGUAUAUUGACUUUAUCGACACAUGAUGCGCAGCUUUAACGUUACGCCAAUAAAGUUUACGUACCGACAAGCGCUUACGCCGUUGACCUAGAGACUAUUAUUAAUUGAUCCGCGCGGAAACAGUCCUUGUCGGUCUGCACUGCGGGCAGUCCAUGGGCGCCGUUGUCUUGUAUAAAAGACUUCUCGUACAGCCUAGUGCGGCGAUAUCACGUCUUGAAUCGACAUUGUUUAGUGGUUGUUUUUUAUGUUAAAUCCCUAUAUUUUAAACAUUUUCGGGUGUAAAACAUAUGUUUAAUUUUGGCAAUUUGGAAUGAAAUUAAAACAGGAUAAGAACAAAGCUAAAUUAAAAAGAUUUUUAUUAAAUAUUGUAAAUAUCGAUAUCACUAUUUGCAAUCCCUAAACUUUUUAUUAGUUGUUUACUUAAAAUUUGCUCUGGCGUGUGAGUGAGCGUCUUUGCGGACUAGGUCCGGCGGCCAAAAGGUUAAUUUACAACGAAAUUGCGCUAUCAUGGGCCUAUUGCAUAAUACAUAUAAUACAAGCUAAUACUAAUAUAUACCUUGUAUUUUAUUAUACAAUAAACCCCUCCUUUUUUUAUGAGUUUGUACUUUACGAGUCACUAUAUUACUAAAAAUAUACGUUAUAAAUGUUAUAAUGGUAAAACAAAAUUGUCUAGUUAUAAAAAUCGGGACAUUACUUUAGAUUCUAAAAUAACGUGUUUAUUUCAGAUUCCAAAAUUCUAGGAUUAUCCAAUCGACUAGGUCUAGAUUGCCUAUAACCUAAUUAUAAUGUCAGUCUGAAAUUUUGCAGGAGAUCUAGAUAGAACUAGGGUAUCCCUAGAUAGACCAAUAUUUAGAGGACAGGUAUUCACAAAUAUCUGAACUAGACUCUAUUGUUAAGGUGUUAGUGAAUGCUCAGAUAUUUUUGAGCAUCUUGUACAAACGUGACGUUCCACGGCAAAAGGUACCUUAUGGCGGCUGGCGCUUACGUCGCAUAGCACCGCAAUAAUAUUGGAGCGGCAUUAAUAUUAGCGAAAGCGCCAACCGCCAUAAGGUACCUUUACCGGUGGGACGUCACAAAUAUAUCUGUUAGGUAAUACACUGCAAAAUGGCGAAGACAGAAUUAUAGUAACCUUCUUAAAGACUUGAAUAUAGGUAAAUCAUAACAUAGUAAAACCACAGUGUAAAAAAAGUAACAGUAGUCCGACGGCCAUUGACGUGUACCGAGCUACUAACAAUGCGAUGUAUGCAGCUCGGGUGCGCGCAAACCCCGUCGUCGAACGACUGUAUAGACUGUGGUAAAACACUUCUCAUAGAAUCCUACUGUGGGGUUUAUUUAACUCCAAAUACUCCAAUAUCGUUAGCUUUUGGACUAAAACAGUAUUCUUUUGAAAUGCGUUUUAACUCAGUAGUAAAAUUGAUUCGGACGGCAUUUGCAAUCCCCGCUACGCUCGGGUUUCGAUAUCUGCCCUCGCCCUAACAUUAGCUUCCUUGUGACACGAUUAAAUUUAAUAAAAUGCAUGAUAAUGAUGAGCGUCAACAAAACAAUCAAAUCAAAUGGUUAAGAAAUAUUAUCAAUUAUCAAAAAAGUU